AUGCACCGGGCGCAGCACCUCACGGCUCAAGCAGUGGAAUUCAUCGAGGAGGUGGCUUCAGCCGAUUUGGCAGAUGCAGUUGGCGACCUCUGCACUCAGCACUUGCUGGCAAAGGUCAACGCUGUCUACAGUACUCUUGGCGGAACCAAUAGCCAAGCUUUGGCGGAGGCCGUUGAAGCUCUGGCCAGGGACUGCGCAACACUGCCUGAGUGGGUGGACCGGGACUUCGAGAAGGAGUAUGCGUCGGAGGAUGACUACUCAUGGGCUUUUGGUCCUGCCGUCGCGGAGGCUUGUGCAGCCGCUGCUGCAGCUAUCGCCGGCCUUGCCGAGCCCGGGCUGAUUGAUGAUGCUCCAGAGCUGGCUCUGACGGCGUUGGAAGCUUUCGCCUUGGAUUUGGAUUGCCUGACUCCAUACAUCUAUGCCGGUCUUUGCCGCAGCGGGAAGCUGCAGCUGCACUCUGCCGAAGGGCGCCGCGCAGCAGACGCUCGAGACCGGCGAGUGGCGAGGUCGCUACAGGCGGUCGCCUCCUGGAUGCUCGCGGCUCUUGGAAGGAAUGUGGGAUAUGACAACCUGACAGCUCUGGUGCUCUGGGAUCUUGCGGGCUGCGACCCGCUUUGGGCCUUGGUGCUGGCGCGCGGCACCCUAUCUUUGCCUCAUCGCAGCGGUCGGGCAAAAGCUCUGGAUGCUCCCGAGGAGAUUGAGCUUCUCCAUCAGACAGUCGCCCUUGCUGUACUAGGCUUGCACACGGCCACCGUUGCUUUCGCCAGGGAGGAGUUGGAGGAGGGAGCUGGUGGCGACGAGAUCGCCAUUGCGACCCGCAGCGCCCAGCUUGCCAAGCAUCGGGCUACCCUGGCAGCAGAAGUGGUCAGCUGCCACUUGCUGCCACCUUUGGUGCGAGCGGCCGAUCAAUUCGGUUUGCAGCUGCAGCUGGCACAUUUUCUGGCAUCUGUUCUUCAGGCGGAGCUCAUCGAGGAGCGCCCCGCCUGGGCCCAGAGCCCUGGCCUGCAGGGCGAGCUCGAGGCUGCCUUGGAUGCCGCGCGUGGUGCGGCCGCCUCACUCGCCGAGGUUCUCGGCGAGAUUUGGGCAAGCUUCGCUCAAGCGCAGGUGCAGCCUGGACCAUCUCUCCGCAGCUUCCUCCACAGUGCGGCAGACAUCGCUUUCGCAUCCGACGUGGCGCUGGCGACGGCCGGAGGCGAGAUGUGGGAGUCUGUCCUGCAGCUAUUCGAUUCGUCGAUUCAGACCUUGCGCAGCUCUGCUUGUGAUGAACAGGCUUCUUGGGCCGCCCUGGUCGCCGCGGCUGCAAACGCAUUGAUUCUUCCUGGGGAGUCGGCUGCCGCCAACCUGGAAGCCGCGCUUGGCGGCCUGGGCGCCAGCAGCGAGGAGGUAGCCCGGCUGCUUCGCAGCUGGCCUCGGCCCGUCCGCCUUGAGGCGAAGCAGCGAUGGAUGCAAUUCUUGGAGCCCUGCGCGCCGCCGGCCCCGCCUCUGCAGCCAGCGCCGGCGCGUGCCUCUGCAGGCUCGUCUGCUUCUGCACUGCAAACUGGAGGCUUGCGCCAGAUGCUGCAAGACGCUCCGCGUGAGUUGCGCUGCGCGCUGGAUGGGAGGCUGAUGAUGGAUCCGGUGAGGGCCCCGAUCGGCUUCUUGUACGAGCGAAGUGUGCUUGCAGAGCACCUGGCCCGCAGCGGUGGCUUGUGCCCACUGACAGGGAAAGUGCUUACCCUGGAGAGUUGCCCUCGCGACGCAGAGACGCGACGAAAGGUGCAGCGAUGGAUUCGUGAGCACAAGGCCUCCACGGCACCCUCACGGCGUCGUGCCAAGUUGUCGAAGCCAGCGGCGCAGGUUCAGGAAGCCACAGCGCCUAACUACAGCACCUUCUUCGGCGAGUAG